AUGGACAGAAACAUCUAUGAUAUGGAUGAAUGGGAGGAUCAUAGUGGUAGAUCGCAACCUCAUCCGAACACCGCACAUUCGAACACACAUCUUGGGGAGGACAACCUGGUCAUCAGAGAACCCGCGGCCUCAUCGCCUCAGGAGCAAAUAACCCCCAUCUCUCUAAUGCGCAACGAAGAAGACCAAGCCCCUGACACGAUUCCUGAGAUUCUCGAGGAGGCAGGUGGAAAUUCUGGGUCCGACUUGGGGUCUUUGAUUCCAGAACACCUGAUGGACAAUAGAACAAGUUCGAGCUUGCAGAAAGUUUCCCUGCAGGUUGGAAUCGAUGGGUUUUCGCAACCGGAUGAUGGAUGUCUAGAAGUACUUAACGAUCAUGAGAACGCCGCUCUAGAGACGCUCAUGGCUCAGUUCCGAUCGAACGAUCCUAGCAAUCCGGACGCUUGCCUGAUUAAACUUCCGGGUGAAAUUCUGGAUACUAUUCUUGGAUUCCUCUUCGUCAACAAAGAUCUUGGACGAAGCACUUCGAUCGCAGCGAAUGUUGAUUUCGGAAAGAAUGCCGCAUAUGAGCUCCAUCCAGCUGUUCUGAGGGUUUCUCGCCACCUCUACGAAAGAAGUGUUGGAGUUCUCUAUGGACUCAACGUCUUCUACGUUGCAUGCAUGCCUGACCGAUGGAAUAUGUCUACCGGACAACCCAAUCCGUCCUCUCCCAUUACUCGUUGGUGGUCUCCAGAUAUCAAACACCCCACUGCUGCCGAAUCAUCCGCUUUGCAAAAGGUCCGACAGUGGUUGGUCGUUGUGCAUCCUGCCAAUAUGGGCAAUCCACCACACAUUCCACAAAGCAUCACGACCUUCUGUCAAGCUAUCUGUCAAAACCCUCCGGUAAACAUGGACAUUGCCCUUGUUCCCAAAGGUGUUCAGGUGGGACUCAAUGACCACGAUUACACCCCUAUCGAAGAAGUCCUCACACCUUUAAGAUUGAUCAGUGGCGUCAAGACCUUUAAGUUGCGCGACACAACCCCGCACGAGAUACCUGACACGAUCGACCAAGAUGACGAUGCCCCCUUCUACCCUUCCCACCUAGAAGACUACCCUGUCUUGGAAGUCGAGUUGACCUUGUCAUGCAUCAGCACUGAUCUUGUCGAGUUUGCUUUCGACAUGCAUUGCCGCUUAUUGAACUACGCCAAGGCUUUCGAAGCCCAUGAGCCUUUCAAGCUAGAGAUGGCACUCGCUAAAGGGGAGCGGAUUGUUGAUGAGCUCAUCGGAUCUAAUGCUUGGUUCCAUCACAACAAUGCUUUGAGGAAUCCCUACAGAGAUCUCUCUGACAUACAUCCUGUUGAAGACCACUUGCAAAAGGCCAAGCCGGCUAGCGAUCACCAAGAUGUUGACUUAUUCAAGCUUCACCGAGCAGGCGUUAUUAACUAUCUGGAGCCUCAAUACCAAAGACUCUCAGCUAGCGCCACAGCAUUGACUGACUUCAUUCGCGGGCAACAAUGCUCUGGUGGUGUCUUUGAUGUAGACUGCAUGGGUCACGACUUUCUGUCCGGAAAUGAAGAAAAGUGCGCUGAUGGACUUGCACUUCUUCAACAGUUCAAAGCCGCAUUCUUGCGCCAUGCUCCCGAUGAGAUCAAGCAGCAUAUUGCGGAUCAUCAAGCCAUCUUCGAUUCCUUCUAUGAUUCAAAAGUUACAUGGUACAUAGAGAGACUGGGUACUUUCCUUCAAGUUGGAAACUACGUCGGAUUCGUUCAAUUAUUUUGCGACUCGUUCGACGAGCUCUAUCGCAUGUUCUGCAGCAUCCGAGAAGCACGAAAGGAGCUGUUUCUUGCUGAUACUCUCGACCAGACCGGUUGCACCCUCGAUUUGGAACUUGAUCGAGACGAUAGUAGCAUUGAUUGGUUCGACGAGGGCGCUCCUGGCUGCACUGGCUAUGGACACAGGAAUAACCCAUCGGACGGAGGUAGCAACAAUGGGUCGGACGUUGACGAUAACGAGCGAAGCCUUGAUGAGGAAGAAGAAGUAGAAGAGGGAGAAGAUCAAGAGAGUGAAUACCAAGAGGGUGAAGACCAAGGGAGUGACGACCAAGAGGCCAUCGACAAAGAAGUGGAAGACCAGUUCUCCGAGGAAGAAGACGAGGAUGCGGGAGACAAUGAGCUUGAUGAGGAGGCAACAGAUGGUGCAAGCAAUAGUGGUCAACUUCAUGACCCCUCGACCAUCUCGGAGACUGAUUCUGAGCUGUAUCUUGGUGUAAAGCCUGCCACAGAUGCUGCCAGUUCGACAUUAGAAGGAGAUACAGACGACGUAGUUGAGCAAGGUUAA